AAAAUAUUUUGAAAUUGUUUCAAUUUGAAUUGUUUCCUAUGGAGGGUCCAUACCUAUACAUAUAUAUAUUUAAAUAUUGAAGAAAUCUCACUACUUAUGUUGUCACAAGCUUUGUGAAUGCCUGAAAAUGGAUACUGAGAAAAAUUCUUGUGAUACUCCUGAAACAGCUGGAUCUCCUGUUUUGGGAAGCAGUACAUUUAAAAAAAAAAUCUUCAAGAAGAAUACUAAUAGAAAAAGUGCGAAAAUUAGACUGAGUGAGAAAUUUGAAAACGACAUACCAACUUCAGAUGUACCCUUGUUGAAUGAAAAUUUCUAUCUGAAUAAUGAGUUACCAGUUAAUGAAGAACUGACAGUAAAUAAUAAGUUAGAUAUUGGAAAUGGCGAAUCGAAACCCAAUAUCCUUUCACAUAAGAUUCCAAAUUCCAUGGGAUUUCAAACUGCGUCUGGUAAACCAGUAUUAAGUAAAGCAGAGAGUUCAGAUUUUGCUAAUGCAUUAAUGGGUGAACUUGUGAAUCCCUUGAUAGUAACCAAAAGAGAAAAUAAAUAUAGGUUUUUAUCAAAAUGUUCUACAAGGCCAAAGUGCCAAUCUGAAUCCUCAAAAUCAGAUGUUGGAAAUUUUUUAGGAUUUGGCGAUGAUGAAUUAAGAUAUUCAAUGAAGAUGAAAAGAAAUCUACAAUACUUAAUUAAUGCAUUAAUUUCCAAAAGAUUGAAUAGUUCCAUUGCUAAAACUGAUGACAAAGGUGAUAUACAACGAACAUUGCAAUUUCCCAACUUCAGUAAACAAAAUCAAAAUGAUGAAGCACAAUCUUAUUCUAUCAAUAAUGGCUCUUCUGAUUUUUCUAAAAAUAUGUUUGUGAGGGCAAAAGAAACUGAUGAGAAGGAUGAAAAACUGGAACAGUUAGAUAUAGAGUCAUCUAAAAUUUUGUGUAUCAGUCAACAACAGAGUGAACAUAAAGAAAAGAAACUCCUAAUUUCCUCAAAAAAUGAAAGCCUUCUAUUUGAUUUAAAGACAAUGAAAAAACCUUUCAAGUCAAAUGAAGAUUCUAUAUCAAACAUUAAUGAAAAUUCAAUUGAAGAACAAAGUGGCGUUGCGGGUAGUUUGUGUUCUGAUAUUGGAAACCAAUUGAAAAAAUCUAAAGAAAAACAAAAAGUACAACCAUUCACAAUAGAAUCUGGUUGUAAAAUCAAUAUCUACCCUUCAUCUCUGAAACAAAAAGCUAUUUUUGAAGAUUUUGGAGAUGUUGACAUAAAUACAAAUACUAUUGAUAGACAAUGUGUUCCUGAAAAAAUUAUGGAUGACUUGUAUUCAGAACAACAAACUUCAACUAUACUCAAGAGUGAAAUCCCCAAAAAUGUUGGAAUUGGGUUUAGUACAGCAUCUGGAAAAAAAAUUGAAAUUUCUUCUAACAAACUUUUGAAAAUUCAGAGUGUAUUUGAAAAUAUAACAGAUUUAAGAAUCUCUGAUUUUAUUUCAAAAUCAUGUGAUCAAGGAAACGAGAAACAAAUAAAAAAUAUGGAAAAUCAUCGAAGUAAUUAUAACAUGAGUCCUAAUCCAGUGUUGAAAACAGUCAAUAAAUUUGAUAAUCCCAAAAAUGUAUGUCAUGGAAAUGUGGCAAAGGGCACAAUGAAACUGCUUGUAGAUAAUAAAGCAGAUAUUAAUGCAAUACCACAAAAAAAAUGCGCUGAAGAAAUUUCAUCACUUUUUUCGACAGCUUCAGGGAAAAAUAUUAAAUUACCUAAUUCCAGUCUCCUUGGAAUUGAUAAAAUAUUCAAAGAUAUUCCUGACUUUGAUACAAUAAAAUCAGAAACAACAGAGAACAUAUGUGCUAUCAAAGAUCAAGAUUCUGGAAAAGUGAACCCUUGUAACACUUUUGCCACGUUCUCUCCCUUGAAAAUAAAUAAAACUCAGAAUAUGCCUUCUGCAGAAAUAAAUGGGUCAUAUUGUACCCCAUCAAAGAAAAAUUUGAAUAUUAGAUUAGCAGAAGAAAAAAGUAAUUCAGUAUCUCAUUCAAAAAUUACUGAAACAGACAAUAACAUUAAUUAUACUACCCCUCAAAAGAAUAUUCCUUCAAAAAAAAGAUUAGGUGGUUCUGCAUCUAAGGACAAAAAAAUUUCUGAUGUAGCACUGAAAAGGGCCAAAAUGUUGUUUGGAGAUAUAAAUUUCGACGAUCUCAAAUUGCCUCCUCAUCUCAAAUUUGGAAGUCCAAAUACAUCAGAAGCUUCCUUUUCUACCCCUUUGAGACCAAAUAAAAUUAAGACUCCACAAUAUUCCUCGACACCCAACAGAAUAGUGAAAAAAAAUGAAUCAUUUAUAAAUGAUUUUCCUCAUGAAUCCAAUCAUCCAUUUAUUAUUCAAAAACCCACACCUAGAAAUUUGGAAGACUUGAAUGAAGAAUUGAGUCGGCAAAAAAAAAUAUUAGAGAAGAAAUUGGAUUUCAUUACUAAAAAGCAGGAGGCAAUAAGGAAUCAGAUACUUGCACAAACUUCAGAGAAGAGAUUCAAGUUGGAUCCCCAAGAGAAAAAUAAUAAGAUUAAUCUGAGGGAUGUGAAAAAUUUGGAGUCACAGUCUGAGUUUAUGGAAAAUCAAAACUGUGUUAUCCAACAAAUCAACCCCCAAAAUUCUUCCUUAAUACAUUUCAAUAAUAAUUGGUAUGAACUUCCUACAGUGACAACUGCGGAUGGUUGCACUUUAAUUCCAAAUUCGCAAGGGUUCAUAGGAAUAUCAGAGAUAGAGCCAGCGUUCACCAGUAUGAAUGGUAUUGAAAAAAAAUUGAUUCCAGAUGGUUGGAUAAAAAAUCACUACAGAUGGAUUGUGUGGAAAUUAGCAAGCUAUGAAAGAGUGUUUCCAGCAACAUUGGGAGGUUGCUUCAACAUUGACAAUGUAAUAAAACAAUUAAAAUACAGGUAUCUGAGAGAAAUAUACAACGCUGAAAGGCCAGCUUUAAGAAAAAUUUAUGAGAUGGACGAUGUUCCCCAAAAAAGAAUAAUACUUUGUAUCUCGAAUGUUAUAAAAAAUGGGGAUGACAUAGAAUUGGAAUUAACUGAUGGCUGGUACUGCAUCCGAGCUAUAAUUGACGACCUUUUAUGUUAUCAAAUAAACAUGCAAAGAAUAAAAAUUGGUUCUAAGUUAAUAAUCACUGGGGCUGAAUUAAUGAAUUGCUCAGGAUGCCAUCCUCUGGAAGUGGACCAAGCUCGUAAAGUACGUCUCAAAAUUCAUUUCAAUUCAACAAGAAGAGCAGCUUGGUAUUCCAAGUUGGGUUAUCAAAAAGAUCCAUCCCCUCUGUCGAUCAAACUGAGCAGUGCUGUUUGGAAUGGUGGAACUAUUGGUAGAAUAACGGUAUAUAUAAUGCGGAUUUACCCUGUGAUAUAUCGUGAAAAAAGAACCAAUUCAGUAUUGUGGAGGAACAAAAAUGCGGAAUAUAAGAAAAUUCAAGAAUUCGAAAAUGAAUGCUUGAAGAAAUACGAAGAAGGUGAUAAUGUAAAUAUUAUCAGAAGAAAUGUAUGCUCUUUGCUACAAAUGACUGUGAUAGAUUUUUUCACUGAACAACCUAAACCCUUUAAAUGUACAAUUUGGGAUGCUACAGAUUCACAUCAAGAACAGUUGAAAGAGAACCAGAUAGUUUCAUUCUAUAACUUAACAAUGAGAUGUAAUGAAGAACUCAGUUGCAACAAGAAAUCAUAUUUCGAAGUGCGUAAAUGUCCAACAGAAAAAUAUGAAAAAUAUAGAAGAAAAUAUGUAGAACUGGCUAGUUAUCCAAUUAUGUCCAUAAAUGCGUCAUUUGGGGAAUUUGAUACUGUAGGUUUUAUCGUGAAAAAAAAUAUAGAAGAAAAUGGUCAACACUUCUGGUUGACGGAUUUGAAAAAUAAUUUUCUACUGGUUAAAAUUAACGAAGGACCAAAUAAUUGUUUAUUGUUGAAUAAGGUUGAGGAAAAUUGCUUGGUUGCAGUUUGCAAUCUAAAAUUAAAGGACAACAAUGAAACAUAUGUUAUUGCUACAGGUAGUUUACAAACUAUCAUAACACAAUUUCCACAAUAUGAUUUUCUCAGAGUAAAAAUGGAAGAAAUGGGACAACAUAAUAAAGAUGAAAUGUUUCUUACACUUGAGAACAAUAGAAAGUUGAUAGAAAAUUUUGAAAAUGGAAAUCAACAUGAACAACCAUCACAUUCUAGUACAACAGGAGAAAAUGAUUUAAAUUUUUCAAGAGUGACAAGUACUGAUGCAGCAAUGUCAAUGAUAAAUAUUGAUGAAAUUGUUAAUAACCAUACAAAGUGAAAUAUCACAAUAUUACCCAACCAAAGUGCAAAUAUUUUCAUUGUUCAUAUAGUUUUUUAUGAAGUUAUAAUAAAUAUUUAUAUUUCUUA